CAAAAGUGAGUGUGUACGCUUUCAUUAAGACGCUUUGGUCAAGAAAGAAAAACAGCUACACAGACGCUCUCGGAGAAUCGGCCACAUCGACAAAAUAGGUACAAUGGAUGCCAAUCCAUUCUCGAUUGAGAGCAUUCUUAAAAAGAAACCGGUUCCCUCGUCCGUGAAUGAUACGGAGGAAACUCAGCCGUCCAAAUCAAGAGAAGCACUUUCACUGGCCGUGAAACUUGCAGAUGUUAUCUUAGAGGCUCGACAAGAAAAGACGCGACGUACACCACGGCGCACGCGCACUGCCUUCACCCACCAACAAUUAGGAAUCCUGGAAAAAUCCUUCAGUAAAACACACUACCCGGAUGUAGAGCUCAGAGAGCAACUUGCUGAAAAAACUAACUUACAAGAAGGGAGAAUUCAGGUUUGGUUUAAGAAUAGACGUGCUAAAUACCGCAAGGAAGCAAGAACUUGCCUUCUUCUCGAGGAUUACGAAAGUGAAGAGGAACAAAUCCCCGCCGUUUGCCCAGUGACGCCGACUCAAUCAUCGCUGCCUUUUUUUCAGUAUAACACAGUUCCUUAUUGUUUCAACCACAGUGAACCCUUUGAUUCAAUAAGAACUUAUGGACACUCUUCAGCUAUGUACCCCCAGUUGAGUAGACACACCCAGUUGACCUCACAUGCUCACUUGACACAGCCGCUUGGAAUACACGGCUGGCAGCCUGUGUCGACAAAUGUGAUGAUGAGUAACGCACAUUUUGGAGAUAUGUGGAAUGGAUGAAAAACAAUUAUCGAAAUCGUUCAAAGUGUAUUUGAUAGAUCACUGCAACAGAUUCGAAACAGUAUUUGUGUGUGUUGUGCAUUUUGAUCCACGUUAUACGAUCGUCUUUCGCCGCGACUCAUCCCGAGUAGCUGACAUUUAUUGUACGCCUCAUAAGAAAAAAAAUGUUGUCGUUAUAUAAUUCACUAGUAAUAAAUGCAGUGCCUAACUUGCGCGUAACGGACGCUAAAAGUCGGCGUGAGAAUGUUGUACUGCAAAUGAAAAAACAAAUGAAAUAAGGAAGAUUCAUUAAAUCGACAGAAUGUGAGUCGUUGUUUUUUCGAUCGAAAAAGACUAAUGAAUUCAAAAUCAGUACAUCCAAUGACGAUAAAAAUUUUUUCUUUUCACACCUCUAUGCUUUAGUAUGCAAUCAAUAAAUCGUCUUCUUAGGUCUUAUGAAAAGCUCAUAUCGAUUUUUCAGUUAUUGAUGUAAAAUACGGGAGAAGAGGGCUGAAAAUAUCCACGGAAAUAUCAUUGUAAGAACUUUUCAAAUAGCUAGUGGUGUAAUAAUGUUUUUCUU